UUGCCCAUCUUAUUAAAACUUGGAGUGUGGUACUAAAAAUAUUUUUGUUUUCAAUCAAUGUCAAUGGGAGCCAUUACCAUUGCGUGUGCCACAACAACACCCACCAUCACAACAGCAACAUCUCAGAGACACAGACCCACACAUUUCUCAAAGCCUACUCCAAGUUUUUAUUUUCCUCUUCCAUCGAUACGUUUCGCCUUGAAACGCUCACUCUUCUUCACGAAACGCUCUUCGAUGGCCUCGUCUAUCCAAGUCAACGCUUCCUCUACCAUUUCUGAAGGAGCGGCAAACGAAGAAAUGAAGGCUGGUUCGUCUGGAUUGGUGGGAGAGAAUGAUUUGCUCAUUGUGGGACCAGGUGUUCUUGGUCGCAUAGUCGCUGAAAAAUGGCGGGAGGAACAUCCAGGUUGCCAAAUAUUUGGACAAACGGUUACCACUGAUCACCAUGACGAAUUGAUUAAGAUGGGGAUUAAUCCAUCUUUGAAGGGGAAUGAAGUGACGAAUCGGUUUCCCUAUGUUAUUUUCUGUGCUCCUCCUUCCCGAACUUCAGACUAUCCCGGUGAUGUGCGCAGGCUUGCUGCGUUGAAUUGGAAUGGUGAAGGUUCUUUCUUAUUUACAUCAAGCUCUGCACCAUAUGAUUGCAACGACAAUGGACCAUGUGAUGAGGACACCCCAGUAGUACCAAUCGGAAGGAGCCCUAGGACAGAUGUCCUUCUAAAAGCGGAGAACAUAGUGCUGGAAUCUGGUGGUUGUGUUAUUAGGUUGGCAGGACUUUACAAAGCAGAUAGAGGUGCACACGUUUAUUGGUUAGAGAAAGGGACUGUUGAAACUCGUCCUGAUCAUAUCCUGAAUCUUAUACACUAUGAGGAUGCAGCUUCCCUUGCAAUUACAAUCUUAAAGAAGAAACUUCGUGGCCAGAUUUUUUUGGGUUGUGAUAAUCAUCCUUUAUCCAGGCAGGAAGUAAUGGACUUGGUUACUAAAAGUGGGAAAUUCAGCAAAAAGUUUGAGGCCUUUACAGGCACUAGUGAUCCCUUGGGUAAGAGAUUGAACAACUCAAAAACUCGCAAGGAAUUGGGAUGGGAGCCAAGAUACCCAAGUUUUGCUAAUUUUCUUGGAUUAUCUGAGUAAUUGCGGUGUCUAUCUUCAUUGUUGGUUUUAAAUUUAAUCAAGGUGAAAAAAAAAAAAAAAAAAAACCUAGCUUUAUGGGCUUCACAAAGAGCUUGACCAUGAAGCUGCUGGCAUCUCAAAUUUCAAUAGUAGUUGGUUACCAGUGUCCCAACAUGUACAGAAGAUUGAUAAAAGAAUUACCUAUAAAAAAUUAUUCUUUAGUGCA